AGCUGAUCUAGGUUCCCUACCGGAAGUUGCUUUAUAUCCAUGGGCAAGAUUACUCCCAUGCUAUCGAACCCUACUACCGCAACAAGGAUUAUACCAGGAACACAAAGCAGGGCAUUGGGGGUUCUAUCCGUCUCUUCCGUCCUUUGCUCCCGGAACAUAUGCGAACGCUCCCAUCUUGAAACGCUGCCGGAGCCGGGGAGUGUUCGUAGCUCCACGGCCCGUAUCAUUUGUUUACCGGUCAAACAGGCCCCUGCAUUUUGAUCUAUCAGUUCAUGCAAGAGUGUGGUCAAGGAUAAAAAAUCCUAUAGCCAAGGGCCCCGGUAUGGAUCAUGCCUUGAUUUACCACCCGAGUUAUCAUGCGAGCUUUGGGCAUGAACUGCAGAUAUAGUGAAGAACAACUGAGCUCGAAAAUGAGAGAAACGACGCAACAUCACCAACAGUUAGAUAUGUUCUUUC